GAUUAUAACAAAAUGAAUUUGUUGUGUAUUUUUUUGCUGCUAGUUGGCCAGAGCUUGGCCACAGCUGAGCUGAUUGGCGAACCGCCUGUGCUGCUCUUUGGCGCUAAACUUGUAGCAACAAAGACGAGCAUUUUCAAAAGUUUAAGCAUGGCUGAGUUUGCAGACAUAAUGCUGCCACUGCUAGAGAAGCACAUGAUUGUUGCAUAUAUAGCGCCACAGUUGUCUAUUAAAGACUUAAGCAGCGUGCAGCAGCAACGCUUUAGCUUUAUGAGCGGCUUGCAGCCGCGCACUUUUUUGCCUAGAGUGCAGCAGCCGCUGGAUGCACUGCAGCAGAUUACACUGGAGCAGCCAAAAUACAAGCUGGAAUGGCAUCAGCAAAUGGGCGAUGAGGUGCUGCAGCUGCCAUGUCAAGAGGGACAACUACAUGCAAUCAUCUUAACCAACAACAAUCUGCAAGAACAUGAUCAAUUGAUGGGCACAAUGACGCGCUAUUUGGAGUCCUGUUCAAUACUGCUGCAGCUAUAUACAGCGCAGGAAGAGAAUAUACGCAUGUUGCAAAGACGACUGGAGCGUGUUAAAUUUGAAAUGGGCAAAGAGCUGUACAAGCUAUCCAGGCAGGAGCCUGAAACUAAUGCCACGGGCACAACUAAUACCACGGACAAUGCAGAAAACCCGGAAAAGCCAGCGGUAAAUGAUACAGACACAGCCACAAAUAAUGCCACGGGCACAACUAAUUCCACGGGCACAACUAAUUCUACGGACACAACUAAUUCCACGGGCACAACUAAUUCCACGGGCACAACUAAUUCCACGGACACAACUAAUUCCACGGGCACAACUAAUGCCACGGGCACAACUAAUGCCCCGGACAAUGCAGGAAAACCGCAAAAGCCAGCGGCAAGUGCUCCAGACACAGCCAAAAAACGCACCACAACGCUCAAAGUGCUGCGGCAUAUGAAAGCCAUUCUGGCAGUAUCGAAAAUUGUUUAUGCCAAGGAGAGCAAGACGGGAUCCUCUGUGCACUAUACACGUGAAACAAUUGAACUGGGCAGCGACACGAAAUCACUGACAAUGCAAUUUGCUGAUAAAUCGACUGUGGACAAGGGAUUUGUAAUAACAAUUAAUACCACAUCGGGCCCACUUGCUAUUGAGGUAAUGCCAGUUCUGGACAAUUGGCGCAUCUCACGCAUUGAAUACAAAAAUACGACAAUGACGCCCAGCCAGCAUUUGGAGUUUGGCAAGAUGUUUAGCUUCUGCUGUCAUGCCAUAACCGUUUACUCCGACGAUGGCGCACGUCUCUCGCUCUACAUGUUUCACUUGGAUGUGUUGUCUGAGCCAACAAAGUCUGGUCUUGACACUACUUAUAAAACACAUCCCUGCUGGUUAUGCGAGACAUACAUGACGGGUGCCGCUGUUGAAGCCAUAAUCAUUUGCCUAUUACUCUCAACUAUAUUGAUCACUGGCGUCACCAUGUUAUUCAACAUAGGACGCAAUGAGCGCAUGGAGCGAUCGGAUGCGCCCGAUAUAAAUACAAAAAUCGCUGAGAAGCGCUAAGUCGUCAAUAGUUAAAAGCAGCCCUCGCACUCACACUCACUUGACUGAUGCUUGCCUUAAUUCACUUGUUGCUAAAUCUAAUCGCAGCGAGAGCAUCACUGGCUUAAUGGAACGCUUAAUCUGGAGGCGAGGUGGUGCUGUGUGGCCGGCUGUUCAUUUUGUAUUAAUAGUAAAUAGUGUCAUUGUCGCAUUUGUUAUUACUUUUUAUUGUUGUGGCUGCUGUGUUGCAUUUGUAUUUCACGAGUGGGCCGUAUAAUAAAUGCAGUUUGCUGAAGAAUUGCCCAAAUUCUCACGUGUG